CUCCAGCGGAGAUCGGAGAACGUUUCUGCGCCUCGGGAGGAGCCGUCCCUCCCGACUCCAUGGCCGCGCCUCCGUCGGGAGAGCAGCUAAGGCGUUGGCGUUCAUCGGAAGCGUGGUGUGUUUGCAAGAUGUGAGCUGGUUCUCGCCACCCUUACCUACUUGAGGGCUACUUCCACCUCAUGGUGACAGGUGCAAGUCAAGACACGGAAGGUCAGGUAUGAAGCCAGUGAAGAAGAAGAAAACUGAAGAGCCGGAAUUGGAGCCCCUGUGCUGCUGCGAAUACAUAGAUCGAAAUGGGGAAAAGAACCACGUGGCUGCUUGUUUGUGUGAUUGCCAAGAUCUUGACGAAGGGUGUGAUAGGUGGCUUACUUGUAAGUCAGUGCAGCCAGAGACUUGUGAAAGAAUCAUGGAUACAAUUUCCGAUCGCCUCCGAAUUCCUUGGCUUAGAGGAGCCAAAAAAGUUAACAUUAGCAUCAUUCCUCCGCUCGUCCUUCUGCCUGUCUUCCUUCACGUGGCUUCCUGGCAUUUCCUGCUGGGAGUACUGGUGUUGACCUCCCUUCCUGUGCUGGCACUGUGGUAUUACUACCUCACUCACAGAAGGAAAGAACAGACUCUGUUUUUCCUGAGCCUUGGACUGUUCUCACUGGGCUACAUGUACUAUGUGUUUCUGAGGGAGGUGGUCCCCAAAGGGCACGUAGGGUCCACUCAGCUGGCUGUUCUUACCUGCGGGUUAUUCCUGAUACUCUUAGCCUUGUACAGAGCCAAGAAGAAUCCAGGCUACCUCAACAAUCCAGCAAGCAAUGACAAAUCCCUAAGCAGUAGCCAAAUUGAAUGCCUGAACAAAAAAGGGCAGGAGAAGACCAAAGGGUUCCCCGGAGCAGAUGCGUCUAGUAGUCUCAACAAUCGCACGCUGAAGGAUGACCUUAAGGUCUCCUCCCGCAUGGUGGCUGGAAGUCCCACCAAGGUAAAAGAGGACUGGUGUGCCAAGUGUCAGCUGGUGAGACCGGCCCGGGCCUGGCAUUGCCGCAUUUGUGGCAUCUGUGUGAGGAGGAUGGAUCAUCACUGUGUCUGGAUAAAUAGCUGCGUUGGAGAAUCGAAUCAUCAAGCAUUUAUACUUGCCCUUUUGAUCUUCUUGCUCACUUCGGUAUACGGGAUAAUGCUGACCUUGGACACCAUUUGUAGAGAUAGAAGUGUCUUUAUAGCUCUCUUCUAUUGUCCUGGAGUUUACACAAAUUACAGUUCAGCUCUGUCCUUCACCUGUGUGUGGUACUGUGUGAUCAUCACAGCAGGCAUGGCCUACAUCUUCCUGAUCCAGCUGAUCAACAUCAGCUACAAUGUGACCGAGAGGGAAGUCCAGCAGGCCCUCCGGCAGAAGACUGGGCGCCGCCGUCUCUGUGGGCUCAUUGUGGACACAGGCCAGUACAACAGGGGCUUCCUGCGGAACUGGCACCAGUUCUCCACCCUGGGCACACACUCGUUCCCCCACCCUGCUGAGGACAUUGUCUGAAGUGCCUUCUGUGGCUCUGAGGGAUAGCUCUUCCCUCUGUUCCUAUCCAUUGUAUACUUGUGUCUAUGCAGGGCCUGUGUUCCUUCCCCUCCUCCACACCCCCCAUUUCGUACAGGCAUUAUUGGGCCAUGCUCAGGUUUGGAGACCAGACUGGAGAGAAGUUCAAUUUUUCUGACUUUGUAACUUCCACAAGAUUUUUAUAUUGAAGCAGUAAAAUUAGAGCCAUUCCUUCUCUAGGCACUUUUAUUGACUCUCAGCCAUGGGAAGUUGAAAAGGAUGUGGAUUGCUAAUGCACGAAUUGAUAGAAGCAAUUCCUGCCCAUUCAUAUGGGGGAAAGAGUUUUGGAUUAGGAUAGUUUCUAGUCCCUCUUUCAAUUCUUAAUAGCCAUGUGACCCCUUGGUGGAGUCACUUUCCUGAGUCUCAGGUUCCUCUGUUAUGUGGGUACUGCUGCCUUCCCUGGCGACCUCACAGAGCCCCGGGAAGGGUUGCAUGAUGGUCAAAUGAAGGAUGUGGGAAGUACCACAAAGCAAACAAAGUAUCCAGAGGUAUAAAGUAUUCUUAGGAAAAUCCUAAGACUGAAGAAAAAUGUUGUAGGUCAGGAUAUUCUAGCCCAUAUCAUUAUGAUAAUCGAUGUUCAGCCUAUGCCAUGUUGUACAGUUAUGGGAAUUUCUUCAUUAACUACUUACACGGGGGGGGGGGGAUGACAACUAGAUGGAUUGAUGCUAAUCAUCUGAUCUUCAGAAGACAAUUGAUAGUAAUGAUAAAAUUAUCAGUGUAAUACAUAGUGAUUGUGAGUUUAAUGAAUUCUAUUACUUUUUUUGUGUUUUUGUUUUUUCUGUGCCUAACUACAGUAGUCACUGGGGUUUUUUUUGUUGUUGUUUUUUUUUUCAUUUCUUUCCAUGUUUCACCUGGUAAGGUGCUAGCACACUUGUGGCAGUGUCUGGAAGAGGAACAGACAUUUCGUAUGAGGACACUUUAACUCUCUUUCCUGGUUAGGGAGGUUGAUUAAUAUCAAGGGCUUGAUUUUUCAAUUGUUCCUAUAAGUAUUUCAAAUUAUGUCAGCUUUGCAGAACUCAGUCUGUGCAAUUCACAUGAUUCUGGCAUGAAGUUUCUGUGAGGAACUGGCUGAUUCCUCCCCACUAUCUUGCACAUUUCUUCUCAUUCACCCUUCCGACAUUACAUGUAUCUCACUAGAGCAGAACAAAAAAACAGGAUAUAUAUCAUUCCUAGUAAUUAUUGUUCUCCUUUUGCUCUUCCCCAAAUACAAUGUUGCUCCUUCAAACACAUAUCAAAACCGAACAAUAUGAAAGACUAAAUACUUCAAUAGAAUGUGUCAUUCUACCAUAGAACCAUGAUGGAGGUGGUUCAGAUGGGGAAAACAUCAUCUUGAAAUGUUUGGUGUUAUACACAUACUGCCUUGAUAUUCCAAAGAUAAUUCAUGAGUCCUUAAAUGUAUCUUAAUAUAGGGGAAAUAUUGGUAGCUUUUCCAUCAUUCUGUGCUUGUUGCUUUAGCAAUAUAUUUACAAAUGUUGUAGAAAUACUACUACUUCCUUCAUUUCUACCUUUGGCAGCUACCGUCACUUGCAGGCGCCAUUAAUCCUGUCUGUCCUCAAGACAGUUGUCAUGUUUUCAUUGAGCUUGUCAUUGCUCUCUUCAGAGGGGGAUUGUUUAAUAAAUGAUAGGCUUCAUAUUCUACUGGGAUGAACCCAAGAACAAGCCUGGAUGUCGACAGACGCUGUGGUUUCUGCAGUGAUGCCCUUUCUCCCUGGACCAAAGUCAGAUAGUCAUUAGAAUUAAAGUUGGCUCUGCUAUAACUAAUCUCGGCUGCUGUAGGCUUUAGAUAAGAAUGAUAGUAAUAAUAUCAAGGAUAGUGUAUGUGGGCAGAAAUUGGUAGUGUUCAUGUCUCUAGAAUGCCAGCUAUAGAACCAACUCUUAUCUAGCAAUUGAUAAUAAAACUCAUAGAAACACUAGUGUAGUCUGUAAUUACAGCUUGUCAAAUCUUUAACAAUCCAAGUGUGAUGUGGCGAAGAUGCAUAGUACAGGAAGCCUAUAGUCACUGGUGAGCACUUGGAACGAUCACCAGACAAUUCCGCAGUCACUUGGAUGAGGCAAUUCAAGUUUUCCUCACUUGAGGAGGGACAUAUAGUCCAAUGGUAAUUGAGACCUUGAUUGUCACUUUACAGAAGGAAGCUCAAACCUGUAACAAAGAGUGUUUGGUGUUGUGGGGAUACCAGCCUUCUGAAGUGUUUGCACCUAAGGGAGCAGCAGACACGAGGCAAGGCUGUCUUUGAGCAGUGUUCCUGGAAGGCAUCCUGGGUGUACCCUCCUCGACUUUUUAUGAUCUGAAAUUACUUGAGAGAUUUUGUUAUAGGCCUCGGUUCUCCAGAGGGCAGAAGACAUGACUUGGGAGACAUUGAAGGAACCAGGCCUCUGUGAAUGGGUUGUCCCUGAGAAACAUGGGUGGUAGAAGUGGAAAUUGCUCUGAGGUUCGUAAACCAGUCUCUGGGUCAUGGGAGCAAGACACCCUCCCUCCCCAUUGAUUCCAAACAAGCAGAUCCCUGCCUCACCCCACAUUUUCAGCCUCCAUUGAGAAGCACACUGGAAAUGGAGCUUAACGAUUGACCCCAUUAUGUCCUGACCAUUUACAUUAUGACGACCCAUUGUUUUAUUUUGCUGGGCAAGUACAAGGAGACAAAUGUAAGGAUCAGGAUUACAUGAAAGGGAAACAUAUUUCAAUAUCGGGGACUUUUCUGAGGAUACUUUUGAAGCUCUCUGUGGUCCUAGCUGGGCGCUCCUGACAUGAGCAGACUUGACCACACCACUGGUAGGUUACUCUGCUGCCAAAGCGAAGCCUUUUUAUGUGUUUCUGUGACAACAUGCUGCUUGUUUCACUUCAGAUACACAUUUGUGUUUAACUCUUAGCUCUUCUUUGGUAACUAGGGUUUUCUUGUUGUCUUCCAUUGUACUUCCUGCCUAGAAGAAAGACUGUUGUACACGUUCUCUUAUGCAAUGGUCCUUGGUACUGCUAAUAUUUUUAGUAAGAGACAAUUUUCUCUUCUACUGCCAGAGAACACAAUGCCAGUAAGAUUCUACAUAAUACCGAUCAUAUGCUUAACAGACUUCCUUCCUUUGGUUAAGACAUUAUGAAGCUCAACUAACGGAAGCAAAAAUAUACCAUCGAGAAGCACUGUUCCAACCUGUUUAGUAUCUGUGAAACUUGAGUCCUUUCAAACUGGUUGAGUAGGUUUGUAUGACUUAACUUCCUUGGAGCCAUAUUUUGGUACCCUGCAUUUUGAAGAGGAGAAUUUUCUCAAACAAGCAAUGGAUGAUAAGACACUUCUGCGGGAGGCACCUGUCUGGCAUCUGGCUUCUCAGCAGCAGCUUGACAAGUGUGCCGUCUUACAUUAAACACUGUGAAGGCAGUGCAGGGGAGAGCAAAUGCUGUGUGGAACUUCAUACCGAAAAAAAUUCAGUAUGUUCUUGUGGAUUGUUGCCUGUGAUCGAAGUAAACGUUUUUUUUUGUUCAGCAUAAGCUAAAUUUAAUCCUUGCUAACAGUUAUCUAGACUUAAGCUAGCACAAAGUGUUUUCUUGUAGGAGCAGCAGCAGGCCCAAACCCGGAUGGCUCCAAGAGACCAGUUUCUUCUAGGCUUUGACCAUCUCUAAGUUAAGGCUUGUGACUUAGCCUCCUUAAAGACACUUUCAUAUUUAAAAGACAAAGCUUUAAAAUCAGAGCCAGUCUGUUGGAAAGCUGCAGAAUGAGAGCUAGUUUUGACUUGAAUCUGUUAUUUCUUCAGGUGAGGCCGCUAGCAAGAUUCCAUGUCAGACUAUGGUGAGGUCAGCUAGUGAUCUGCGUGGUUUAGGUGAUUUGAUGGUUAAGUUGUUGGGGUGUGGUAUCCCUUCAUUUGAUUCCAUUUCUGGAUCUGAUGUUGGAUUAAAGGAAACACAGGAAUGUUUACCUAAUAUCACAUUUAAUAUUUGAACUGGCCCAGCAACAUUACAGACAGUGUCGGAAGCCAAGCUGGAGGCUGUGGGCUAGACAUUUUGCACUGUUUUUAUACUUGUAUUCACAGCCUCUUAACCACCUCAGACACAAGGCCUUUUAAAUGGAGAUUUUACCAAUUACUGCCAUUUGUGUAAAAUAAUGUACUGUGACUGAACCGUUUAAAUG